AUGGCGAAAAGAAAACGCGAAAACUCAUCUGACCCGGCCGCGGAACCGCAACCCAUCACGAGAGAAACAUCGGCGUCAGUGACGGACUUCGUGAGGAAUGGGAAGUCACCGUAUUCGGUGCACAAUGACACAUUCUUCGCAACGUACAAAGUGAAGGAGUCCCAUGCGGAAUCUCGGGGUGAAGCCUAUAGACUUAUGCUGGCAUGGGAUUGUGAUAGACUCUUGGGCUCUUUCGAUCUGGGAUUGUCGAAUGGAGUUUUACCCGUCGAACGCUGCGCCCACUCGCCUCCAUCAAACCUACAGCUUUAA